CGUUGCUGGGGCAGCCCAAAAGCUAUUCCAACGCGGCCCCAGACGCCGCUCAGCACGAUUGAGCCCCGCGACAGGCCCGCGGGGAGCGAGGACGCCGACCCGCCCCUGUGUGGUCUGACCUGCGGCCUGGGCGCCUGCGGCUCGGACUCGACCGACGCGCCGCAGUCCCCCAUCGACUUGCGGGAGGCGACCAUGGCCGACGCAGACGCGCCGGCGCCUGCGCCCAAGAAGAAGAAGCCGUCCCUCGGCAAGCAGGUGACGAGUGGCGUGAGGGCGACGGUGGACGCGGGCAGGACCGUGCUGUCCACCAUGGAGCGCGGCGUCAAGAAGACCUACGACGCCCUGCUCAAGGAGAACCUGAAGGCCUCGUCACCGAUGACGUCGUCGCUAUGGUACCUCCUGAAGCAUCCUUUGACAAGAUCGCUUACUACUAUUGUCGUACUCCUCCUGAACCUGUUCGUGUACUACGGCGAUCCCGCGACCUUCUCGAACAGCGAAUCGUAUGGCACGAUGAUCGGCGACAUCUGGCACGGCUGGUUCGAGCCGGAAGAAAUAGGCUGGUUUCUGCUGCGGUGGCUCGCGAUGAUUUGUCUUGGAUUGCUUGGGUUAUUCGUUGGUAUCAAGCUACAGCACUGGUUGAGGGAUACGUGGCACCUCGCGCUAUUUGGCUACGAUUCGGGAGAACAUGAAAACAGGGAACCGCUGGCCUCGCAAGAUGGGGCUCUAUUUCUAGUCAUCUGCUCGACGUGCAUGGCCUGGUGGAUCGGCCUGAAGAUUUACAACCGGUGCAUGCCCCCAAAUCAUAAAGUAGGCUCAGGGAUGCACAAGUGGGAUUAUGCGUUUUUCAAUUUGAUGUUGGCUGGAUUAUUUACCUUCUCGUCGGACGUCUGGAACGUCGUGACCGUAGUAGACCAGAUGGCGCAGUCGAUCGAGCACGAGACGUCCGGGGUGUCUGCAGAAGCCGUUGGUAUGCUGUACGCCCCGAAGGGGAGUCGUCUCGAACGGUGCGCGGCGUGGUUCGUCAAGCAUCGUCUCACUUUAACACGUGUUGGGUUAAUCAGUGGUUGGUGCAUCGGCGGCGGGAUCAUGAUUUGGAGGUAUGAAGUCACAAAAGAGGUAUUGUAUGAUACGAGUGGCACGAAGCACGAGGUCGGGCGGUCGCCGUUCUGGACCAAGGAGGGGAACACGGAGUUCACGCGGCACUUCGUCGCUUGUGUGGUGCGUAUGCCGCGUCCGUUUUGCGUUACCCGGACGCUAUCGAUGCGACGGGGUUCGCAUCGAUGGCGUGCCGGUGGGGUAGACCUCGAAACGCCAUCACGCGCAGGUCGCCUUCCUCAACGUCCUGAUCGUGAUGCAGGACUGGGACUUCCCCGACUUCUCCGAGGGCGAGAUCAAGAUCUCGGCGCUGGACAUCAAGGCCCUCAAAUUUGAGCACUGUUUUGAAUGGUUACGAAAACACUUACCACCUAUCUACGUGUCGGGCAAGUGGGUUAAUUACUUGGGUGUCCUGAUGGGCAUGGGCUUCGAUUGGGGCUACUGGUUCAUGACUACUUUACCUUUCCGACCUUGUGAUUACGCGCAGCUCUGGGAAUCGAAGACGCACAAUAUCUACACGCUCACAAGGCCAAAAAAGGUGCAGGAGCGCCGGGCCGGCGACGCCGCGGCGAAGCGGUGCUGGUGGUUCACGGACAAUCCCCUGAUAUCCUUAUAUGACCAUGAUUUCAUGGCGGCGCGGAACCAGUCGGCCGCGUGGUACGACCCGCUCGGACAAACGUGGCCCGAGGGCCAUUCUUUGGAUGAUGACGCCUGGUAUCGGAAUGGCGACGACGUCGAUGAGCGGGCCCAUGUUGUUUUAGUAGAGACGGGGUCGUUUACCGGGACCUAUACUACCGGUGAACGAGACGAAUAUAUCUAUGUCGCGGACGGCGCGUGGCUCUUGUACGUCAUGUGCCUCAUCCCGAUCUUCGCGAUCUUGACCUUCUGGUACCUGGUGUUCACGCACGAAAAAGUGCACUGCUUCAACCGGAAAAACGUCAUGGCGAUGAUCUCGCAGACGGGCGAGGAGUCGUCGGAACGACUCAAGGCGCUGGUGUCCUCCAAAAGAUGCUGCGUCUGCCUCGCCAAGAAAGAGCACGUCGUGGCGCCGGCGAGCGCGCCCGCCGCCGCCGCCGACGACAUCGCCGACCUCGAAUAGUCUCCUCGCCCGUAACUUUCAGUUUGUCGUC